AUGUUAUCUCUAUCGCUUUUACUAGUUCAAGUUAUUGAUCAUAUAGAUCAAUUGCUAAGUAAUAAAGGUUGGCCACUGUUUAUUACACCGUGCACAAAACCAGAAUUUCAAAAUAAAUUAGUGAUAUUGUAUGAAAGUGAAGAUGGUAAAAAUGGUGAUUGUAUUCGUGAGUUUGUGCCGCAAAAUUCAAAAUCGAAGUUUAUUCUUCAAAUUGAAAACGGUUUGAAAACGUUGACGGUCAAAGGUGAAUUCAAAAAAAAACCGUCAGAAGCGUCAACAAGAAAAACAAGAAGGUCAAACUGUGAUGAAAAACUGGUGACGUUUAAAGCAACCGAUGAUAGCACUUCAUCCGAUGAUGAAGAUGAUGCUCCUCCACUUCAGACAACGAAAGGUCAAACAAGCAAUAAACCAGAACCUCGAAAAAAAGCAUUAUCAACAACGGCAGCAAGUUCACAAACAAGGACAAACGUUUUAACUUCAACAGAAAAUAAAAUCAAUGAUAACGAUUCAGCUACAAAAACUGGUCAAAAACGAUCAAAAAGUCGUGAACAUUUAUCAUCUUCCCAAGCAGUCACAGCUGAUACAUCCAUCACAUCAUCACUAAGAACAAACGUCACGCCAAAUACAGUUUCUAAACCAAAUGUAAAACGUCCUCGACGUAAUGCGAAUCAAAUGUUAGAUCCUUGGUCGUGGAUUGCCAGAAAGCAGAUGUAG